CCUUCUUCUACCUGAACACAUUUUUUGUUUUUCACCCAGCAGCUGUUGCAGUUCUGAAAUCUUCAGCCCUUCUGGAGACUUCCACUUGUGUAAUUCUACCUGAAUUAGCGCCGGAUCGGGCCCGGGAAGCAGUUUCGGCGUGCAGAAGAAGAGAUCUUGUAGUUUUUAAAUUCUCAGAAUGCCAAAAGAUAGGAGGGUGAAUUCCUCAUCUUUUGACCGUUCUAUGGUGUCCCCUUAUUCUUGCAGCUCGAAGAUUUCAGAUCGCAAGAGUAGCAAAAGCUCUUUGCCUCAUGUCGGGGAUGAAAAGGAAUGGGAUGAAGUUCGAUGCCCCAUUUGUAUGGAGCAGCCCCACAAUGCUGUCUUGUUACUCUGCUCUUCCCAUGAGAAAGGUUGUCGUCCUUUCAUCUGUGACACAAGCUAUCGACACUCCAAUUGUUUUGAUCAGUACCGGAAGUCGUCAUCUGCAGCAGCAAAUUUACAUGCUUUAUUGGAAGAACAACCAUCUGAGCUUGUAUGCCCCCUCUGUCGAGGGACGGUCACAGGGUGGGAUGUCUUAUACCCUGCAAGAAAAUUCUUGAAUUCUAAGACAAGAAGUUGUUCUUUAGAAACUUGUAGCUUCAGUGGGAACUAUGCAGAGCUGAGGAAGCAUGCUAGGCUCGAGCACCCAUCUGGACGCCCAUCAGAGGCCAGUCCCAAUCGGCAGGCGUACUGGACAACGCUGGAGCAACAGAGGGACAUCGAGGAUGCACGUGUAUACCAGUCAGAUAUAGAGUAUGACUUAGAUGCGUGGACUGACUGGGAUGCAUUGGUUGCAGAUGACUUCUGGAAUGCAAGAAGCGGACUGCUUAGCUUGGAUGAGUGGGUGGGAGACGAUUUCUGGAGUGGAGGAAGCUUGUUCGACUUCCCGAGUGGUAUAUCUGACGUUGAGGACGAUCUAUCAACGUUAAGUGGUCUCUCGAUGCCAUUUUUCAGCCCAUACUUUUCUUCGCCGGAUGAUGACAUGUUGGAUUCCGGCAACUCAAGAAGUGAAGAUGAUGACAUGAUGGAUUCCGGCAACUCAAGAAGCGGAGCCGGAGGCGAUCGGUCCCAGUGGGCCACCGUAUCUGGUUUGAGAUUGAACGUUCAUUUGGGAAAUGUCGCACCAAGUUCAGGGUCCGGACCAACUUAUCAUAGUGAAGAUGAUGCAAAUGUUUCGAGGCCAAGAUCAAGCUAUCAAAGGGAAGCUGAUUCGUCAAAUUCAAGGUCGAGAUCGGGCCAUCACAGAGAAAAUGUUGGAACAAUUUCAAGUAAUAGAUCGAGCUAUCGCAGGGCAGACGAUCCUGCGAGUUCAAGGGCAAGCUAUUCGAGGUCGAACAAUUCAAAUGCUUCAAGAUCGAGAUCAAGGUAUUACAGAGAAAUUGAUCAUGGAAACUCAAGAAGGAGAUCAAGUUAUAGUAGGGAGAGGGAGCAGCGUGAUUCGAGAUCGAGGUUUCAUGGUAAUAGGGAUUUUACAAGGAGUUUUCGUGGCUCAUCAAGACAACAGCCGCCUAGUGAAACUGGUGGUCGACGAGAUUGAGAAUGUAAUAUUUUUGUAUUUGUUGCUUUCUUUUGGCCUUUCGGAUUUACCCCUUUCUUUAACUAUGUAAGCUUUGUAUUUUUUUUUCAUUUGUGGUUGAUCAUUAUCAUUUGAUUGGUUGA